GGCGCAAGCUAGGGCCAGCUACAGCUUCCGGGUCAGAGGUGCCACUAGUGACAGGUCGCCGUCCGUCCGGGUCGUCCAUCAAUGUUUACGGGCUGACCAUUUGCGCCGCGGUGGUCCUCGUUGGUUCUCUCGGUCCUCCUUUCUCAUGGCGUCCAGACGACCGGACAGCUUCGACGGGCUCACCUACCGCGGCAACCGGGAUGAGCCGCACUACUCGGCGGCUUACUCGCUCCGGAGCGCGGAGCCGCAGCAGCAUCUCCACUGGGUCACCACACCGCCAGAUAUCCCCGGGAGCCGCAACCUCCACACCGGAGAGCGGACGCCGCUCUACGACGAGCCGCCGGGAGCUUCCGGGGGACCUGCUGGGGAGCGCGAUUGGAACGCGGCGGCGGCGCAGGCUGGCGGCCCGCCUCCGCCUGAGCAGCUGAAUCGCCUCACAGGUUUCGGGAUCGGAUUCGUCAGUCUGUUUGCAGAGAACGUGCUGACUCACCCGUGCGUGGUCUUUCGCCGGCAGUGUCAGGUCAACUACCACGCGCGCUGUGACCACCUGACGCCGUUCAGCGCACUCGCCGUCAUGUACGCCAUCAGCAAAGCUCAGGGUCCCAGGGCAUUGUGGAAGGGGAUGGGCAGCACCUUCAUCGUGCAUGGCGUCACGCUGGGAGCCGAGGGCAUCAUCAGCGAGUUCACGCCGUUGCCAAGGGAGAUUCCUCACCGCUGGAGCGCUAAACAGUUGGCCGGUCAUUUUCUACUCAAAGGUUUGACCGCGGUGGUGGCACUUCCUUUCUACUGCUCCAGCCUGAUCGAGACCGUGCAGAGCGAGAUCGUGCGCGACGAGUCGUCGUCGGGGCUGCUGGAUUGCGUGCGCGAAGGUCUGGCCCGCCUCCUGGGCAUGGGUGCCCCACACAGUCGGCGCCUGCUCCCUCUCAGCUGCCUGCUGCUUCCCGCCGUGUGUCACGCUGUCCUGCGCUACGCCGCAGCCACCGCCGUGCAGCGCGCCGCCCUGUGGCUGCACCGGCGCGCCAAGCAACGGCGGCAGGGCUCGGCCGACCCGCCGGCGGACCCGUUGGAGACCCACUUCCCGGAGCUGGCGGCAGCGUGGUUAGGCUCAUUAGUUGCGGACGCGCUGACCUUCCCACUGGAGACGGCGUUGCACCGCCUCAGCCUGCAGGGCACCCGCACCAUCAUCGAUGCCACCGAUGGCGUUGCGGCGGGUAACGGCGGCAGCCCGCUGGUGCUGCCCGUCAACACGCAGUACGACGGCGCGGCCGACUGCUUCCACUCCAUCCGCCGCAAAGAGGGCUGGGCCGCCUUUUACCGUGGCUUCGGCGCUCUGGUGGCCCAGUUUGCGCUGCACGGCGCUUUGUUGGCCGCCGCCCGGACACUUCUGAGGCUGCUGUUGUUGGAGGCCAAGGCGGGCUAGAGGCGCAGUCCCGUCAUCCUCCGCGUGUCACCAUGGAAACAGCAAAAGAUCCUGUGUGUGUGUAUGUAUUUAUUUGGCUUGGACAAAAAUGGAGACCGCUGCAAAAUGAUCAGUUUCUUUUGGUUUUGGUAUUUUUGGAGUAGCUGGAGGCGACCCAGGUGAGCGUGGGUUCUCCGGCGACUCCCACAAUCAUGCCAACCUCCAUCCUCACCAGGGCAAGGAGAGUCUGCCAAACCCUGGCAACUACUGAUGUCACUUCCACAUCCCAAUAUUGUCAUUUAUUUGCAGAACAAAAAAAAAAUGUUGGUCUCUAUUUUUUCUCCCCCCCCCUGCACUGUAAGUUAAUUGUAUAUAUAGACAGCUGAUCAUGUGAUAAAUAUUACGGCGUUAGAUUUGCUUAGUUCAGCAUAAAGACUUCACUUCUUGUCUCCGUGAACGCAUGAAGCCAAUAAGCAUUUUAUUUGUAUAAACUUGUCAUCAAACCAAAGUGGAAAAUAACAAAAAAAAAUAAAAAUUGUCAUCCGAAGACUUGCUAUUCUGAAACAUUAAAAUUCAGAUCAAAAUGUC